UAAGUUCCUAUCUUUAUGUCUUAACCCCUUUAACUUCUCCCUCUAUAUAUAACCAAACCCUCAAUCAUAUCUUUUCCUAAAUUAAACCUUUAAAACAUACUUCAUUUCAUUUUUCACAAAAACUGAAGCAACAAGAAAAAAAAAAUGUCUGGAAAUAUCAGAAUGAAGAGAUUUACUGACCCGUUUAGUUACCUCAGCAGCGGCAGCGAACACAGCGCUGAUAACGACGUCGUUUCGCCAAGCUUUUCAGGUCUCAUUUUUGGUUACCCUGAUGACGUGGAAAAUGAUGAUGAUAAUAAUAAUAAUAAUUCCGAUACUACUACUGAGCUAGACGAGCAUGUAUUUAAUGAAUCAGUUGAUGUUUCUGAUGAAGAAGAAGACUUUUCGCACGUGAUUUUUCAUCAAAGCGAUACAGAUUUGUUUCGUAACGUGCUUUAUUCACACGUUUACAAAGCGCUAGAAGUUUUUUCAUGUUUGAAAUCGACGAAUAAAUCGGUUUUACGAAGGAAUGUAAUGAUUUUUUUAAGAGAUUCAGGUUAUAAUGCAGCUAUAUGUAAAGCAAAAUGGGAGAGUUCAGGUGGACUUACAGCUGGAAAUUACGAAUUCAUCGACGUUGUGAAAUCGGAUCAAAAAACUCGUUACUUCAUCGAUUUAGAUUUCGCAUCUGAAUUCGAGAUCGCGAGACCGAUGAAGUUUUACGAGAGGUUGUUAAAGUCUCUGCCGAAUGUCUUUGUCGGACAAAUCGAAGAAUUAAAACUUAUAUUGAGGAUAAUGAGCAAUGCCGCAAGGCGAUCGUUGAAGAGUAGAGGAUUACAUAUUCCUCCUUGGAGGAAACACCGUUUCAUGCAAAAUAAAUGGCUCGGUCCGUACAAACGGACGUCAAAUCACGUCCCGUUAGGAAACACUGCGGCGUUAUUGUUGCCGCCGUUAAAGCAGGCAAACGCCGUGAAGUGUAGAUCUGUUGGCUUUGAUGCUGCCGUUAACGGUGGUUUUUGGUUACCGGCGGUGAGACGGACGAGAUGACUUAAUUUUAAUUAUAUAUUAGCAUUAGGAGUUUUUUUUUUUGUCGCUUUGUGUUAACAAAGAAAUGUCGUUUUGUUACCAUUGUGAAAGAGAUAAAAUGAUUAUCCUA